AUGGCGAACAAUGAAGAUCAACCAAGGACCAUGUUUAAUUAUGCUCGUCCAUCAUUAACUAAAACAAAAUCUAGCAUUGUCCGUCCGGAUGUGCAGGGAAAUUUUGAAAUAAAACCCAAUGUUAUUCAGAUGGUUCAGCAAUUUGUCCAAUUUGAUGGGUUACAAGAUGAAGACCCCAAUGCUCACAUUGCAAAUUUUCUGGAGAUUUGUGAUACUUUCAAGAUUAAUGGAGCUACUGAUAAUGCAAUCCGCUUGAGGCUAUUCCCAUUUUCUCUCAGGAGCAGAGCAAAACAGUGGUUGAACUCUCUCCCACGAGGAUCUAUCACUUCAUGGGAGGCUAUGGCAGAAAAAUUCUUGACGAAAUAUUUUCCUCCUGCAAAAACUGCCAAGAUGAGGAAUGAUAUCUCUUCCUUCUACCAAUUGGAGUUAGAAACUUUAUAUGAUACAUGGGAGAGGUUUAAGGAAUUACUACGGAAGUGCCCACAUCAUGGGAUUUUGGACUGGCUUCAAGUGCAAACCUUCUACAAUAAGUUGAACCCAGCCAUAAGACAAAUGAUAGAUGCUGCAGCUGGGGGCACUUUGAAUAGCAAGACACUAAGGGUUGCACAAGAACUGUUUGAAGAAAUGGCAAUGAACAGCUAUCAAUGGAGCUUCACACGAUCCAAACCUGCGAAAUCUGCUGGAAUUUAUAGUCUUGAUGCAGUAACAUCCUUGGCAAUGCAAGUUGAAGCUUUACGGAAGAAGAUUGAUGGUUUAUCUAUUAACCACCUAGUUGCUCCGGUGAUGAGAUGUGAUAUUUGUGGAGGAAGCCACCCUAGUCAUGAGUGUCGAGCUACUCAGGAAGAACAUGCCAAUGUGAUAGGAAACAAACCACCGUACCAAAAUUAUAAUGGCAUGAAUGAACCGGGCUGGAGGAACUAUACAAACCCACUAUGGAACAACAACCAACAGCCAACGCGGAACAACACACCCUCAGGAUAUCAACAAGCCCCACAUCAACUACCACCCCUAGCUGAAAAAAAAACUUCUCUCAGAAAGACCCUAAGGAAGCUUGCCUACAAUACUGAGACUAAUCCUAGGGAGCAGGUUAAUGCAGUAACAUUAAGGAGUGGCAGAACAUUACAAGAGAAGGGGAAGCAAGAAACAGAAAAAGAUGCAGUUGAAGAGGAGGAUAAAUGUCAAGAGGAGACUGUGGAAAAGCCCCUUGUAGUGAAAGAAUUCAUACCCCCACUUCCCUACCCAGCAAGAUUGAAGAAAGACAAGGAUGAUGAACAAUUUGGUAAAUUUCUAUCCUUAUUUCGUCAACUUCAUAUUAAUUUACCGUUUUUUGAUGCCUUGGCACAGAUGCCCAAGUACGCUAAAUUUCUGAAGGAUCUACUGUCCAACAAGAAGAAAUUGGAGGAGUUGGCUACAGUGGAGAACACUCCCAUUCUCACGGUAACCAUGGAGACCAUGACCAUGAUGCUAGUUUUGGAUAUGCUCAUUUGCAUUCUUUAG